GAGACGCGCAAGAUGGCGGCGGCUCUGGGGUGACCCCAGGCGCGGGGUGGCGGCGCCAUGGCGAAGAAUAAGAAUGCAGGCCAUAAAGGGUCCUAUGGCUACCAGAAGCUGAAAGAACGAGAACCAAGAGCUUGCAUCCGAUUCAAAUGUGCGCUCACAAACACCAUCUUAGAUAUCCUGCGUCAGAGACCAGGAUGGGUUGAAGUAAAAGAGGAGGGUGAGUGGGAUUUUUACUGGUGUGAUGUCUGCUGGCUUCGGGAGAAUUUUGACCACACCUACAUGGACGAACAUGUUCGCAUCUGCCACUUCCGGAAUCACUACGAGCUGACUCGUAAGAAUUACAUAGUGAAGAACCUGAAGAGGUUUCGGAAGCAGAUAGAAAGAGAGGCAGGAAAGCUGGAGGCAACAAAAUGUGACUUUUUUCCCAAGACCUUUGAGAUGCCAUCAGAGUACCACUUGUUUGUGGAAGAAUUUCGCAAGAAUCCUGGCAUCACCUGGAUUAUGAAACCAGUUGCCAGGUCACAAGGGAAAGGCAUUUUUCUGUUCCGAAAACUCAAGGAUGUCAUUGACUGGAGGAAGGAUGGGGUCCGUACAGAUGAUCAGAAAGAUGAAACUCAAGUAGAGAAUUAUGUAGCUCAGUGCUAUAUUGAAAACCCAUAUUUAAUAGGAGGUCGAAAGUUUGACUUGAGAGUUUAUGUUCUAGUGAUGUCUUACAUCCCGCUGAAGGCCUGGUUAUACCGAGACGGCUUUGCUCGCUUCUCCAACACACGCUUCACUCUAAGUAGCAUAGAUGAUCAUUAUGUGCAUCUCACCAAUGUAGCAGUGCAGAAGACUGCACCUGACUAUGAUCCAGAGAAGGGCUGCAAGUGGAUGAUUCAGCGGUUCCGACAGUACCUGACUGCCAAGCAUGGGGCAGAAGUGGUGGAGACUCUUUUUGCAGAAAUGGACAACAUUUUCAUCAAGAGCCUACAGAGUGUUCAGAAAGUGAUCAUCAGCGACAAACACUGUUUUGAACUGUAUGGAUACGACAUCCUGAUAGACCAGGAUCUCAAGCCUAGCCGGCGUUCCAGUUACAACUCUCAAUGGCUUGUCAGCAUCAGGCUGAUGUCUCUGCAGUGCCACUGGGGACGGCUUUAUUUAAACUGGCUUCUUGAGGUUAAUGCUUCUCCCUCCCUCACUGCCAGUAGUCAGGAGGACUAUGAGCUCAAGUGUCGCCUUCUCAAGGACACAUUGCAUAUUGUGGACAUGGAGGGCAGGCUGACAGGGAAGGAGAAGCGUAUUGGGGGCUUUGACCUGAUGUGGAAUGAUGGUCCAGUCAGUAGAGCAGAAGGGAAUGUGGAUACACCAGUAAACGGAAGCUUCAUGGCAAACACACAUUUAGGCUACAACAAUGACAGGAAAAAACAGCUGAAGCAGCUCUUCAAAUCUCUUCCUACCCAGCAGAAAGUUCAAUGCUGACCCAGAGCAUGCGGCAAGAGAAGUCACUGAGGAUUGAGCUCUUUUGCUCCCUCUUCCUCAUCUUGUAGAGCUGCAGUUCUCAUUUGUCUCUGGACAGUUCCGCUGCCUCAGCAUAAAACUGCUGGCCAUUUCUUGGUUCCUUAGGCUUUUCCCUGCAUGGGAAUCUUAGUUUUCAUAAGCCAGAGCAACAAUAGACGUGGGUUGGCUUUUAACUUGGACAUGAUGCAAUCAGGUAUUUUGGUGAUGGUCCGUUGUGGCUGACCAGUUCUUCGGUAAAGAAUUCAUCUGUUUUGUUCCACAGUGCAGGCUGUAGCAAGGCUGUCAACUGGCUACCACAUACGACUAUAGAUCAGCUGUACACGCCACAUUGCAGACAAAAAGCACUCCUAUCCAUCACUGACUCUGUAUACGUUGCAAUGGAUAUGAAUAAAAUAUUUAAUGCCUCGGUGCUGGUAGAAA